CCGUGCGUGUCCCUGUUUCAGCUCGUCACUGUGGUGCUGCUGCUGAGCCUUAGCAGUGUGUACGUGUGGAUGGUGGACGGUUCCCGGUGAAAAACACACCGACCCCGGCUUCACUAAAAUGCCUCUUCGUCGCAUAUAAUCGGGAGAAUCCCAACGGAGGGGAGAGAGUCAGGUCUCCGGGCAGGGUUAGAGGAACAUACAGGCAGGAUGUUGCAAGUUCUAGCUUGUGGCGCCGUAGUUUUCCCCGGUCUGUUCUUCGCCUUCAGGAGGAUCCUGCCGUGUGUGUUCAAACACUGGAGCGAUGCCGACGUGGUGCUGGUCAGCGAGAGACUGGUGUCCUCCAUCCACGCCAUCAUGGCGACCACGGCAGGAGUCAUCGUUGUGUCAUCAUGCCGAGGAAGCGUCAUUAACGACAGGCACUGGCUGGCCACCCACUUUGUCAUCUGGUACGGCGUGCCCUACAUGACGUAUGACAUCUUCGCCAUGUACCUCAGUCACUUCCACCGCUUCCGGGUCAAAGGGCACGAGGACUACAAGCAGCAUUCACUGAGGACCGUCAACUCCUUUGUCCGCAGAGAGUUCCUGCUGGUGUUGCAUCACAUCGCCCUGCUCUCCAUCCUGCUGCCCAUCACACUGUUCUUCAGGAGGGAACAGGGGGAUUUCUUCAUCGGCUGCCUGUUUCUAACAGAGCUCAGCACGCCCUUUGUGUCACUGGGGAAAAUACUUAUUCAGCUCAGCCUCCAGGACUGCUGGCUGCACAAGGCCAACGGCGGCAUGGUGCUGCUCACCUUCUUCAUGUGCCGCAUCGCCCUCUUCCCCUACAUGUACUGGGUUUACGGCCAACACUACGGAGUCCCGCUCUACAGCGUUCCCUUCCACCUGCCGCUGGCCACCAACCUGGGCAACUCGUGCAUCCUGGCGCCGCAGGUCUACUGGUUCGUCCUGCUCUGCCGAAAGGGCUAUCGUCUUUACAAGCGUAGCCGCAGUCAGGACUCGUCUCCUGUGGCCACCGUCACUGACAAUUCAAAGGAUGAUUGAUAUCCAGUUCACAACUGCUCGCUCAAGCCGCACACUCAGCUACUAAUGCAACUACUUCUGCAAAAGGCACUACUUUGACUUAACACAUUUGAAACCCAACCACUGUACUGUAGUACACCAGGACUGCCUGCGAUGUCCCACAACUCCUGGGCAUUUUCCACACUCUGAACCCCCUCUGUUACGACUCUGCUGCUGAAGUGGACCUCUCCCUGGAUACAGUUCUACUACUGAAGUUUGAAGAUGUUUUUUCUUUCCUGAAUUUGGCUUUUCCCUGGAUCUUUUUGAAGUGCUACUGCGUCCGACUACAUAUACCAAGACUCUGAAGAAAAGUCCUUUUUGCUUCGCUGAGAGCAAACUGUGGAGUAACAGCUGCAGAGACUGAAGAAGAACCUCCAUGGAGAGACUUUAUCUUAUCUCUUACUCCUACUGUGUUUACAGCCUCUGCUGAUUCUGAAAGGUCUGUUACGGCAGAGUGAGUGUGUGAGUGGCUCAUACGACAGGUUGUAUUUAUUAUUUUUAUGGAUUUGCUGUGAUCUGUCGGAUAGCUGCGUUCCCUCCCCCAUCCAUUCACUAAUCACACACACCAGGAUGAGACGGGGCGGUGGGUGGGAAAGACGCUGAAGAUGACAUGUCUCCUCAUCAACAUUAAAAAAAGCUAAGAAACAGCUACAUGUGCUUACACCCUGUUAAUGUGAUGGAUCCUGACUCUUUACCUCGGUUCUUUUUUGGUUGUAGCUUUCACAACAGUUUGCAAAUCUGCAGCAGCGGUCCCUCGAUCCCCUUGGUAACUUCUUACACUUUCAGCGCCCUGGUUCGUUUGUUUCCAGCGGCUCUGAGCGCUUGCAGGAAUUAUUGCUGCACAUACACUCCCGUUAAAACAAAGUCACUCGCUUUGAACACAUUCAGUUUGGCAGAAUCCUUGAAUGUUGACGGCACCAACAGGACAUUUACACUUCUUCUUCUUCUUUGAAAUCAAAACCAUGCUGAGUUUUGCAAAGUAAAAUCAAGACUUCUUAUUAAAAAUCCAAACUUGACUUCUUUCAGAGUCUAGCUAAGGAUAGUUUAAAGCCAUGGUAGGAUAACAUAUCUGAUGUUUAGAGCGAGGAUCGGCAGAAUCCAGCUUUUGAGUUUCAGCAACACUCGUUUGAUUUGCACAUGUGAGUGUUUUUAUCUACUUUCACAAAGCGGAGAGGUUCCUCUCUGCUUGAAGUUUCAUCUUUUAAUUCCUCAAUCUCUGCUUUAGAAGACACUGGAAGCUAACGUAGGGCAGCUUGGGACGCCGCAGCCUUUGAGAGUCCACGACGGUCACACGUGGAGCGUUUGUGGAUGUUUGUUUCACCUGUGAACGCUCAGCGGGGACACGUAGGGUCAAUGCCUGAUACGAGACAAACUCAGGGCUAAGGUCAGAGCAAUAAAGUGAGCAGCAGCUCGCCGGGUCAAACUCAUACAGAGGAGUGAAAUUUCUGAGCCUCCAAAUAUCAACGUUAUCAUCAGGAGCCAUUACUCCUGAGAGGAAUCAAUAUCAAGUCAUCGCGGCUUAGUUCCCGGAGGCUCUAGAGAUUUCUAUGCAGUAGUUCAUCAGCUGUUGCAUUACACACGUCACACAGAGCUGUAUAUACUUCAUGUUUUUACAUCGUGUUUUAGUUCCAUCAGUUUUAAACGUAUAUCUGAACAUGGUAGUUAGACCCGAGAGGACCAUUUUUAUCUUUCUGUUGGAUUCACAGUUGCAUCGAGACAUUUAUCUUCAAAUCCUCCAUGAGAGUGGCUUCACUCGUGACGUAGAGAGUUGAACUUCUUCAUAUCAGAGAGUAAAUAGAUCUUGAUAUUGCCACAGGGUUAGUUUCGUACACACUCUAAACCCUGAGGUGUAUUUAUCUUCCCCGUCCUUUAAGCUUUAUAGUCCUCUUAUUAUUCAUAAAUGGCCUUUUUAUGCCCUGCAAAUUUAAUCUAUGCAAAAAAAAAACCCAAGAGGUUGUGGUGCAUGUAUACGACAUUAAUGUCACGUUAUAUCACAUUAGUACGUCAUGUUGUGUUCAAAUACUUUGGGACCAUUCAUUUAUUUCACUGUUCUCCACUAAUGCAUGGUCUUAUGUUGAGAUGGAAGCUUGAAUUGUUUGCUUUCCUUCAGAUUUACCUCACCAAAAUGUCGUUCAAGACGAGAAGGGUCUCAAAGUAAUUAACGAAACCCUCGUUCUCCUGAAAGGCGGCGUUCAUUUCAACCUUAAGCAUGCUGAAAACCGAUGAGUGUGCACUGCUGCAUUGUGGGAUCUGUAGGUCUUCUUACAGGCUGUUUGCUGACUGGCAGUGUGAGGAUGAGGCAGUAAGGAGAGCCGAGCAGCUGAAUGAUGGGUUUGUUUGUCUGCUCUGGCUGAAGUCCAGCAGAGCGCGGUCCUCUUUCAGUCCGGUGCUGACCAGGCCGCUCUUACUGGAAACAUCCCAGGCUCUUUGUUUUCCCUCAUCGGCCCAUCUAUCCCUCUGUUCUCUCUUUCCACCGUGCUGUUGCUGCAACAUGUCUCCUUCUAUCUUAUCGGGUUCUCACCUCAAAGACGAAACAGCCGCUGAGAUUCUAUCUCUGAAAUAGCAUCACGUUAUUUAUUCAUUUGAUGAUAUGUCCUACAAUUCAUCUAAAGCUUGUCCUAACCCUUUUCAACUGUCUCUUAAGGCAGCCAUUUUUAUUCUAAAGAUAAAUACCGUUAUUCCCUUAAACCAGCCUUUUUUAUGGCCGAUGUUCCCUCUCUUCUCCCCUCUUUCAGCCCCCUCCCUCCCUUCCUCCCUCCCUCCCUCCAUCCUCUCUGCUCGUGUCUCUCGCUUUAACUCAUCUCAGCGUCUUGGCUGACGUAGUCUGCAGUGAUGCAAAGAUGCUGUGAGUGCCUGCAGAGCAGAGUGAGCCCUCCCUCCCUCCCUCCUCUCUGCUGCCAUCUGUUGUCAGGAUUAUCUACUCGUCCACUCAGCAGUUCACAGGCAGUGCUGGGAGGGCAUUUCCCCAUCCAACCUGCAUGCUCUUCUCUGCCCUCGUGUACGAAUAGUUCAAGUUUUCAAACCUCUCAGCUCAAUGAAAUCUGGACGUGUGUUGGAUGCUUCUGGUUGGAUUAUAUCAGAUGCUUUCAGAGAGACUUUUAGAUGAAUGGUUAAACCUUAAACUUGUUCAUCAGACCACCACUUCUCCUUUAUUAAUGUGAAUACGCCUUUAACGCAGCAUCUAAACCAUCAUAGAGUCACUUAUUGAAAUGCAGUAGCAUCAUUUGCAUGUUUCUAAGAGUCCUGAUUUAUGGAAAUGCCCCGUCAUUCUGUUUGCACGAGUCAUUUUCACCAUCCUCAGAGAGUUAUUUUAAGUUUUCCUUUCCUUGGAUUCAGAGGGGUCCGUUGUGACAGUGACUGAAACUGUCAAACUUGACAGCUAUGCAAAUGCCCGUCUCAUUUGACGGAUAGUCGUGGAAACUUUUGAUGGAUUUCUGGAGGAAGUUUGAGGUUGAUUGCGCAGUAUUGUCUACGAUGGACCAGUACGCUGAUGAAGCGGUUUCUAAGGUUGGCUCUGAAAUAAUGGCUUACAUGUAGAAACUUAACAUUCCUCGAUGUCCUUGGUUUUAUCACAAACGGCCCCCUUCUGGUGAGGCGGUUUUAAUGUGCCCCUAAGAAAGGUCUUUGAUUGUUCCAAUGUGUCCAGACUCCACUGAAGAGGCCAUGCAGUUUCACACCAGACCCCCUAUGAGAUCCCUGAGAGUUAACACACCUUAAAGGGCUUUUGAUGCUUUGCCUUUGCAGGGCUAGAAUAACUCAAGCCAGUCCACAUAUUAAAAAUAACACCAAAUACUCCAACAAGAAAACAAAGCAUGGUCAGACCUUCGUAGUGUUUCAGGAUCAUCAGUUCAUAAAAACCCAGACUGCACUUUGGUUCCAUUUGUGGCUGUUUGGGUCCGGUUUUCAGACUACUCUUGGACCUCUUCCAAAGGCUUUUAGAGAUGCUUGCUCCACCAGUCACUGAACAUUAAGUCUGAAGCUUCCUCUGCGGCGGGGAGAGCACACUCUGGAAAAUAGAAGCUGAAACAUCUUUCUGAGCAUCAUCAGAAGGUCUACGAUUGUUCCCGGUUCUUACAGUGCAGGUUUUAGAAAAGGGGGGGAGGUCUUCUAACUGGAAAACAAAAUGUCAAUAUAUCCUUCUGUCUGAAAAACGAAACCCUGUCAGACUAUCUGGUCUGACCUGGAGUUAGCCCAGAGCUUUCUACCCUGACUCGACCUCACCACAGGUUGGAGCUCCAACAUUUCAUAACCACAGGAAGACAAGCCACAGUGUUUUCAAGGAGCCAUGUGCCGUCACGUUGCACACCAACCAUCUGAUCCUAAACCUGAGUGUCUCAGUAACAGUCAUGAGGGGUGUAAGGCAUGCAGAGCGCACAUUUCUCAACAUGUAUUCUUCUUCUCGAUAGAUUCUUAACGUAGAAAGUCUUACGUCCUCUUUGCUCAGGGUUUGAUGAAGUUUGAUGAAGUUUGAUGAAGUUUGUUGUUCGAUGAUGAAACUGUGACUCUGGUUCUACAGAUGGAAACAUCUAGUUUGGUAUGAUGCUGGUUCUUUCCGUUAGUUCAGCAUUUUAUUCUUGAUACUUCCACAUCUAAGGGUUGGGAAACCAAAGACUGUGGGGCACUCUGGUGAGUCCAUGAAGAGCAAUCCGUUAGAGUUUAAAUAUCUCCUGACAGGCUUCAGACGCUGUAAUCCACUCAUCGUUAAAAACAGAACGUGUGGUUUGUACGGAAGAGGAACAGGGCCACUGGAAAUAAAUAAGAUCCAAUAUAUAUUUUUUAUUAUUAUUAUUCUGAGAAAAAAGUCAGAAUUCUGAGGAAAAAAAGUCGGAAUUCUGAGAUUAAAGACAAAAUUCUGAGAUUAAAGUCUGAAUUCUGAGAAAAAGUCGGAAUUCUUAAAUGAGAUUAAAGUCAGGAUUCUGAGAUUAAUCUCAGAAUUCCAACUUCAUUCUCAGAAUUCUGACUUUAAUCUCAGAGUUCUGACUUUGAAGACACAAUUCUGAGAACAAAGUCAGAAAUCUGAGAUUAGAUUAAAGUCAGAAUUCUGAAAUUAGAUUAAUGUCAGAAUUCUGAGAUUAGAUUAAAGUCAGAAUUCUGAGAUUAGAUUAAUGUCAGAAUUCUGAGAUUAGAUUAAAGUCAGAAUUCUGAGAUUAGAUUGAAGUCAGAAUUCUGAGAUUAGAUUAAAGUCCGAAUUCUAAGAUUAGAUUAAAGUCAGAAUUCUAAAAUUAGAUUAAUGUCAGAAUUCUGAGAUUAGAUUAAAGUCAGAAUUCUGAGAUUAGAUUAAAGUCAGGAUUCUGAGAUUAAAGUCUGAAUUCUGAGAUUAAAGUCAGAAUUCUCAGAAUAAUUAAGAUAAAAAAAUAUAUAUCGGACCUUAAUAUUUUGUUUUCUUCAGUGGAUUAAAGUCAGAAUUCUGCCUUUUUUCUCAGAACAAUAAUAAAAUAUAUAUAUAAUUUUUUUUCUUUCAGUGUCCCUAAUCCUCUUCCGUAGGUUUGUGUCCUUGAGACGGCAGAUUUGUGUGGGAUUGAAGAAAUCCAGAUUUAACUGCAGUUCAUUUUAAUUUCCGCUAACACGCACACUCAAUACAGAGUCCACCUGAGUCCACUGUACGGGGCAGGGGAACUUUACUCUGGACCUCCGGCACAUAUUAGGAGACUAACCCGCAUAACGACUGAACUGAAAAAUGUUAAACUUUAAACAAGUUGAUAAAGAUGUGUUUUUGUUCGUAUGGAGAGAAUGAAACUGUGACUCUUGUUAAAUAGGAACAUGGACAUCAACAUUAGCUCACGGACAGCGUAAGCAAAGCAAUCGUCUGCCUCUCGCUAGCACUCAUUUAGGUACAAACUGACUCCAUGCUAACACUUUAGCAUCGCUUGAAGGUCGUGCUAACACUCUCCCUUACAUUGCUGAGUCAUACCAAGCUCCAAGCUAGCACCUGAUGGACUGUUUGUUGAUUGGUGGUGGACUGAAGAGUUAGCAAGAGCCAACAGUAUUUGAGUUUACUCACAUUAGCUUAGGCUAUCCAAAUGCUUAAUGCUAACACUUCAUUACAACCGACCGGCAAGUUCUGGUACGACAACAUUGAGCCGAUGUGGAAGUGUUUACAGCCGGAUGCAAAACAUGGAAGCAGUUUAGGGGGAAAGCCAAAGCCGCACCUGAACUCUGCCCCUUUGAUUCCUGCUUGGUCACCCGAAAGUGAGUCUUUUUAAAACCAAUGGGGGACGUCACGAAGACCACGUCCAUGUUCUGUGAUUCAAACGCUUGAUUUGACAUUUCAGCUCGGUAUUACAGCAGCAGUGAAGUUGUUUUUGAUUGCUUUACACACUUGAGCCCAAAAAACUAUAUGUGAAGUGUCUUCAUGCUGAGCCAGCACUGCCUCUGAGUGAGACUUCAUGCUAAUCACCUGAGUGCUAGUGAGGACUAUGCUAACACUUGGUAUGUUGCACGCUGUAAUUAAAUCUAAGCUAACACCUCGACAGAAACAACAGUGGCUAAUGUUGGUGUCCACGUUCCCAUCAUUUGAAGGUGGAGUUGGGGAAGGCGUUUAUUUAUUUGCAAAGUAUUUUACAUCCAAAGUAAUCAGAAAUAAAGCUAGCUGAUAUGCUAACGUGAGAAGCUAACGCACAUUUUGGUCAUACAUGUCUGCAGAGAUGUGAAUGGGGAUGAUAACUAGUGUGUGGGAACUUUUCUGCACCCCAUAUCACUUUGUGUAUGAUUUUGCUGCUUCACAUGAAACAUUCAGGGUCGGUCCAGCUGUCCCGCUCAGCGUGGGACGGAGUUCAAGGUUCAAGGUUGGACGUGAUUUGAACAGAUACGAUGUUUAGUUUCCUCUGAUACGAUGUAAAUAUAAAGUUAGGCUGAUGUUGAUUUUGGAUUUGAAGCGCUGCAUGAAACUGAGUGAUGCUGGGGCUGAUUUUGAUCUGUGGACAGCGAACCAAAUCUGGUCUCCAGUGCCUUGUGAAGAAUCUAUUUGUGAUACCCUGAAAACUCAGCGUGUGAACGAGCUCAGAAGGCAGGCAGUGUUUACAGGUUGUGGCUGUAUUUACCAUGUUCUCAUCAUUUCCUCCAGUCCUUACAGAAGAUCUACUCUUUCAGUCAUCAAUCUUCAAUAAGUACUUUAUCUUCAGCUCAGUUUUCCUUCAGCUGGUUGAAGCUCUUUAAAAUAAGUUGCUACCUAUUAACAGUUCUAAUGAGAGUUCUCUGUUUCAGUAAAAGAUUAAGGCCUUUCUAUGAUGACUUUGUAGUGUUUUAUAUUUUGUAGUAUUUAAUCUUUAUUUCCGAAUCAUCAACAUCUGAUAGUUUUUCAUGAUGUAUAAUUUGAGGUGAAACCCUGUGAAGUAUAGAUUUCUGUCUUGAAUUUGUUUGCUGUGUUUCUUUUAUUUGUCUGUUUGCUUAUUAAAUGUGUAUAUUUUGGAGAUUUGGAUUUUAAUCUCGACCUGCUGUCCAUAUCACUCACUGUCAUGCCAUGGGUGUGUAACUGAUUUAAAUGCAGCACCUUUCACAACCUUUAACACUUCCUGCCCCACAUUAUUUUUGAUAGCGUUCUAAUUUUUCAUACAUAAAUAUCAGAUUUGAUGCAUCUGUCCUUUUUUGUAGCGUGACCUUUUUGAGGAGCUUUCCUAUCUGAGAAGAGACUGGACUGUUUUACGAAAUAGCUUAAAGAAAAUUGAUUUGAGAGGAGUUAUGUACUGUAGCUGCAACUUGUGAAUUCAGAGCACCCCUUUAAAAUUCAAUAAAUUUGAUUUGAUAGAC